CUGGGGUUCUUCCUGCUUCCCAACUCUUUACCCCGAGGCUCUUUCCCCCGUCCUUCCCUGCUCACUUCCUUAGGGCUCUUCCUGCUUCCCAGCCCUUCUCCCUGAGGCUCUCUUCACUUCUGCAGGGCUCUGCCUCACUUCUCUCGACCCUUUUCCCCAAGGCUCUCCCUGCUUCCUCACCCGCUUCUCCGGGGCUCUUCCCCACUUCCUUCCCUGCCGGCUUCCUUGGGGCUCUGCCCUGUUUCCCCGCCUGCCUCCCCGCUUCCCUACCCUUUUCUCCCGGGCCCUUCUGUUUUUCCACCUGCCACCCUGAGGCUCUUCCCCCCUUCCCCACCUCCUUCCCCAGGGCUUUGCCUGUUUCCCCACCGACUUCCCCGGAGCUCUUCCUGCUUCCCCACCCUUUUCUCUGGGGCUCUGCCUGCUUCCUUGGGGCUCUUCCUACUGCUCUUCCUGCUUCCCCACCCACCAGUUCUGGGCUGUGGUGGCCGCCACGGUGAGGGGAGCCCUUGGGGCCCCCUCUCUGCCCCUCGGGGCCAGCUGCCCCAAACAUGCCGCCCGCCAAGCCCGGUGGCAAAGGCGCCUUGGUGCUGCAGUGCGAGUGGGAGUUGUGCAGCUAUGUGGCCUCGAAGAUGGAAGAGUUCUGUGAGCACGUGGCCCAGCAUCUGCAGCAUCACCUUCCCGGGGAGCACCAGGAUGAGGUGGACCCACUUGAGGAAUAUACAUGUUUGUGGCAGGAAUGUGGUUUCUGUUCCCCGGAGAGCUCAGCUGACCUCAUCCGCCACGUCUAUUUCCACUGCUACCACACCAAGCUGAAGCAGUGGGGGCUGCGGGCCCUGCAGAGCCAGUCAGAUGUGAGCCAUUGCCAGCUGGACAUCCAGAGCCGCAAUAUCAUCCCUGAGAUCCAGGAGAACUUUCUGUGCCUGUGGGAGUACUGCGAGAGAUCCUUUGACAAUCCCGAGUGGUUCUAUCGGCACGUGGAGGAUCACAGCUUCUGUUCGGAGUACAAGGCAGCAGGGAAGGAGAACCACGUGGUUCUCUGCGGGUGGAAAGACUGUGACUGCACCUUCAAGGGCCGCUGCAAACUGCGGGAGCACUUGCGCAGCCACACGCAGGAGAAGGUGGUGGCCUGUCCUACCUGUGGGGGGAUGUUUGCCAACAACACCAAGUUCUUCGACCAUAUCCGCCGUCAGACUGCGCUGGACCAGCAGAGGUUUCAGUGUUCUCACUGCUCCAAGAGGUUUGCCACAGAGAGGCUGCUCCGUGACCACAUGAGGAACCAUGUGAACCAUUACAAGUGCCCUCUGUGUGACAUGACCUGCCCACUGCCCUCCUCCCUGCGCAAUCACAUCCGUUUUCGGCACAGCGAGGAGCGGCCGUUCAAGUGCGACUACUGUGACUACAGCUGCAAGAAUCUCAUUGACUUGAGGAAACAUCUGGACACACACAGCAAAGAGCCGGCGUAUCGCUGCGAGUUUGAGGCUUGCAGCUUCAGUGCACGUUCCCUCUGCUCCAUCAAACUGCACUACCGGAAAGUCCAUGAGGGUGACGCAGAGCCCCGGUACAAGUGCCAUGUCUGUGACAAGUGCUUCACGCGUGGAAACAACCUUACUGUCCACCUCAGGAAGAAACACCAGUUCAAAUGGCCCUCGGGGCAUCCUCGGUUCAGGUACAAGGAACACGAGGAUGGCUACAUGAGGCUGCAGCUGGUGCGUUACGAGAGCGUGGAGCUCACGGAGCAACUACUGAAGGACAGAGAGAAGCGAGGGGAGGCGCUGGAUGGCUCAGCUGAGUGUGUGGUGCUGUCUGAGGGUGAGGGCAACCUCCAGGGCAUCAUUCUGGAGGGCCCGGCAGAGGCUCCCCUGGUGGAAAACAGGAUCCCUGAGCUGCCAGCAGCCCCGCUGCGCCCAGCAGCGUGCUCUGCUGACAACCCUGAGCCAGCAUGGUCAAGUGCCUUCCCGGGAGCAGCGCUGUCAUUGGAGCAAGAAGCUGGCACCCCAGCCAACCCCAUCAUCCGUGUGGUGAACCGGACCAACGAGCACGGGGAGAGCGAGACUGUGUAUUAUGUCAUGGCCGGCACAUCCUCUGAGGAGCAGGUGGCAGCACCCAGCGGGCUGGCUAUGGAGCUGGAGGAGAACGUCAUGGACCGUCUGCAGAAGACAGCUGAGGAGCUGGGCAUCCAGAUCGUGUGAGGAGACCUGGAUACUUACUGGUCUGGCACGGCACCCAUCUGCAUGGGGGGCUGCAAGGGGAAGCACAAGGAGCUGAAGAGGAGCCAGUGUGGGAACGGCAGCUGCUGCUGGCUGGGCUACAAGUCCUUCUGCAGAGGUACAGCCAGAGUGGGGACAACGGGGCGGCCUGGGGAUGGCUGCAGGGCUCGGGGAGGGCGGGUUGCGUGCUGCGCAUGUGUCUGUGGAGUCUCCCCAGCAGCCUGGUCCUGGGACCAUGAAUGGAUGCAGCCUGGGGCACCCAUAGAUCCUUCCCAGGAUCUACAGCCUUCUCUGGACGCAUCUGCUUGGGCUGCUGUUGUGCCGAGCAGGCUGCACAGGGCGAUGGCCCCGCGCUGCCCUCAGGAACCUCCCUGUUCCCAGUGAACUGCGGGAAACCCGAAGCUGACUUCAACUCAGUGGUGUACGGCAACGAUUGGUGGGUUGGCUCGGUGGUGCGGUACAGCUGCCGGCCCGGGUUCCUGCUGCUGGGGGACCCGGCCAGCGCCUGCCAGUCCGACGGCCGCUGGACCCCCAAGCCCACCUGCCUCCGUGAGUAUCGCGGGGGGACCCGCCUGCAUGGGGAGUGAGCGGGAGGGCUGUGGAUACAUCCCCCACUUUGGGAUAGGAUGAGAGGGAAUGGCCUCAAGCUGCGCCAGGGGAGGUUCAGGUUGGAUAUCAGGAGAAACUUCUUCCCUGAAAGGGUUCUCACGCCUGGAGGGGUUUAAAAGACCGGGACGUUCAAUGCUUAGGGACAUUAUUUAGUAGUGGACAGGUAUGGUUGGACUCGAUGAUCUCAAAGGUCUUUUCCAACCUUGGGAUUCUAUGCUUCCCAUCCCCCUUUCCCCCCAGCCUGCUGUAGGGCUGAUGGACACCCUGUGACACACUCCAGUCGUGCUCUUGCAGGGAUCUGCCUGCGUGGUCGGAUCGAGAUCAGCGAGCGGGAUAUAACCGGGGAGUGCUCCUCGUCCUGCAGCACCCAGGCCCACCUGGGAGCCUUCCUCAACCGUGGCUGCAUCAAGAUCUCCGCCUG